AGCAGCAGCUCUUCCUCUGUCCCCAGAAGGGCUCCCCGCUGCCAUUCUAGAAGGACUAAGGUCUCUGGCUGCUCACUGCCGAGCCCUCGAAGGCAGCAAGUUGGACUCCAGAUGGAUUUCAUUGCCGGGGCCAUUGGAGGUGGCUGUGGCGUGGCUGUAGGCUAUCCCUUGGACACCGUGAAGGUGAGGAUUCAGACGGAGAAGAAAUACUGUGGAAUCUGGCACUGCGUUCGAGAAACAUACAGAGCCGAGAAGGUGUCCGGGUUCUACCGUGGGCUGUCCCUGCCGGUGUGCACGGUGUCCCUCGUCUCCUCCGUGUCAUUCGGAACAUACAGGAACUGCCUGUCCAACCUGUGCAGGCUGAAAUACGGCACCGCGGACGUGAAGCCGGCCAAAGUGGACGUCUCACUCUCGGGCUGUGCGGCCGGCAUUGUCCGGGUGGCCCUAACGGCCCCCACCGAGGUGGCCAAAAUCCGGCUCCAGACGCAGAAGCUGCCCCCGGCGACCGCCUCCGCCAGCAUCGCGGCCCAGCCCAAGUAUCGGGGCCCGCUGCACUGCCUGGCCACCGUGGCCCGGGAGGAGGGCCUGGCCGGCCUCUACAAAGGGAGCUCGGCCUUGCUGUUCCGGGACUGCCACUCCUUCGCCACCUACUUCCUGUCCUACUCCAUGCUGUGCGAGUGGCUCACCCCCAAGGGCCAGAGCAGACCAGACAUCCUGGGUGUCCUGGUUUCUGGCGGCUGUGCCGGGGUGCUGGCUUGGGCAGUGGCCACCCCCAUGGACGUCAUUAAAUCUCGCCUGCAAGUGGACGGCCUGGGGCAGCAGAAGUACCGGGGCCUGGUCCACUGCGUGGUGGCCAGCGUGCGGGAGGAGGGCAUCGGCGUUCUGUUCAAGGGCCUUGCCUUAAACUGCUGCCGGGCCUUCCCCGUGAACAUGGUGGUCUUUGUCACCUACGAAGCCGUGCUGAAACUCACCUGGGGUCUUACGACCUAACGGGAGGGUGGGCCGAUGUCAGCGCCUGCUUCGCUCCCCAAGGGGCCUUCCUGGAUGUUCCCAAGUGGGCUCUGGGGGUACCCAGAGACCGAAGGAAAGAUGGCCACCGGAACGGGGAGACGGUCCCGGCUUCCCUGCGGCCCUGGAGCAUCUCGCCGACAUGUGUUCACAUAAAAUGAGCCUUUUCCCCCCUUGCACAGCCGUGUUGGGCCGGAAUUGCAGCCCCCUCCCCGGCCAGAUCUGGGCAACGCCUCUUGCUUCAGUCUGUCUGCUUGCAGGAGAGCCGAGGGGCCGAGGUGCCAACUCCAUCGGGGAAGCGGAGGCCGGGUUUCCCCAGCCUUCCAGCUAUCGGGGUUGGACUCCCUCCCUGGGUCCCCAACUUGACCCGUGGGCUUCUGAGCGGGGCUGGCAAGAGCUCGGAUCCGGGCUGGCUGACCAGUCACCCUAUUGAGCCCGUCUCACCCCUGCCGCCCAUCUUCACCCCACUGCCCUCAAUCAAUCAAUAAAUACAAUUGAUUGAUUGACCUCACGAUGGCACCCGGUGCCAUGGUUGCAGCUAGGGCCUGCGGCCUACUUUAUGUUUGCCCUAGGCGGGGCAGAGAGGCACAGAAGAGUGCAUUCUGCUGUUUGGCUUGUAGUGGGUGUGUGGCUAAAAGGGUGUAUUUGUGGUGUAUGUGUGUUUAGUGCUUAGAUAAUAAUUAUGGUAUUUGUGAAGCGCUUACUCUGUGCCAGGCACUGUUCUAAGUGCUGGGGUGGAUAUAAGCA